CUUGUGGAUUGGCUGAAGAAUUCUGGGAGUUGAAGUCCACAAGUCUUAAAAGUUGCCAGGUUUGGGGACCUCUGCUAAAAGGCGGAAGGGCGCGUCGCUUGAGCAGCUUUUCCCACGGCGGCGGAUCGACUUCGAGCAACUUUUCCUACGGCAGCGGCGGCUCUUCGCCACCAACUGGGAGCUUUGGUUUUUCGGCUCCCGUGACUGGAUCCCUGGGGGUGGGGGGAGCGUCAAGAGGAAGGCAAAGACCCCGCCCCCAUGACCUAAUGGGGGAGGGGGCGUCCGAGGCUCAGCCGAUCACGGACCAGGGUGGUGGUUGCUGUGGACCCGCGGACCGGGAAGCGGCACCCUUCGGAGGAAGAGUCUCUUUUUGUGGAGGAGGUCUGCUUUGUGGGAAGGGAGGGAUCGGCGCUAAAGCCCCCGCCCCUCCACCGAAGAACUUCUCUUCCAGGCAGCGCUUGCCCUUCGCGGACGAAAGAUUUACACGCUGUGUUUGAAAUAAACGCGUUAACUUUUUUUUCAAGUUUUCCUGCUUCUCAUUCCCCGGGGCGAGGGGAGCUUUGAGGUGGGGUGGGGGGGUCAGGCAGGGCAGAGCCGGAUCGGAUUCCCCCCCCCCCCCACCGGCCGGGAGUCGGGAUGCUCUGCUCCUCCCACCCGCCAGGGGCCGCCAGAGCCGCUUUAUUAAGACACAAAGGCGCCUUCGGCGGGGUUUCGCCUUUCUCACCCGCCCGCCCGCGGCUAGGAAGUGACGGCAGGUGUUGCUGGAGAGGAGGCUCCUGCGCAUGCCCGGAAGAGCCCAGCGUUCCGGUGAGGGGGCGAAGAUGGCAGAAAGCGAAGACUACGAGUCCGUCUUGUGCGUCAAGCCGGAGGUCCACGUCUACCGGGUGCCCCCGCGCGCCUCCAACCGCGGCUAUCGUGCCGCGGAGUGGCAGCUGGACCAGCCGACUUGGAGCGGCCGAAUGCGCAUCACAGCCCGCGGCAGCGUGGCCUUCAUUAAGCUGGAGGACAAGAAUUCGGGAGAGCUUUUCGCCCAGGCUUCCGUGGACCAGUUUCCUGGGAUUGCUGUGGAAAGCGUGACGGACUCGAGCCGAUACUUUGUCAUCCGGGUUGAAGAUGGGAAUGGUACGACAGGGCGCCGUGCAUUCAUCGGAAUUGGCUUUGUUGACCGAGGGGAUGCUUUUGACUUCAAUGUGGCGCUGCAAGAUCAUUUCAAGUGGGUCAAGCAACAGACCGAGUUGGCCAAAGAAGCCCAAAACCCAACCCAGGUGCCCAAACUUGACCUGGGCUUCAAGGAUGGGCAGACCAUCACGCUCAGCAUUGGGAACAUGAAAAAAAAAGACGGCUCCUUGGGAAGUAAGCCACGAACUGCUGACAACGCGGGGCUCCCCUUCUCCCCCCGCCUCCAGGGGAAAGACCCCCUUCCUCCCCACACCGGAAGAGCAGCUUCCCUUGCCUCCUCUGGGAACAUCGGUAGAUGCUGUCCAAACAGAUGUUGCCGAGUCUCGGCCCUCACAGCCGCCAAGUUCUUCAAGAGAAGCUUCUGUAGACAUUUGGGGAGAUUUCACCACAGCUUCUGGGUCCGGCUCUCAGCCUCAGCAGAACUCUGGUUGGGUCCAGUUCUGAAGUCGAGGGGAGAAGGCCCAAAGAUCAAGGAGGAGGGACCCCCCCCUUUCGUAGCCUUGACGACCAGGGAGAUGAUGGGCCGCCCCCCCCCGCUGGCUCUUGCAAACAGAUCCUCUGCCUUGGAUGGGUUUGACUUUGGCUUCGGAUCUCGUGGCGAGGCAGAGGGAGGGCAAAAAACCCUGCAAACAUCACCUUGCUCUCUCUUCCUCCGCCAUCACCUGGUGUUGUGUGUGUGUGUAUAUGUGUGUAUGUAGUGGUUGUGUGUGUAAGCUGAGAUCAUUUCGCCUGCUCUUCUGCCUCUUUCCAAGAGGAGCAAUAUACUUUGGGAGGGGUGGGGGGUGAAUGGUGUGUGCCCACUCCUCCACGACGGAGGAUAACCCAACAAUGUUGGCUUAGUUAGGAUCAGCACCCAAAGUGUUGGGAAGUGGCCUUUGGGACGCCUUCAAGGUGGCUGCCUUUUGGAAGGGACUUCCGCCCCGAGGGGCUUGACCGCAUCGUUUUCUCCUCUCCGCGGGACUCCCGUUGGAGUCUUUUCUCUCUUGCACUCCGUGUGUCUCGAAUAAUAAAUAAAACUUUACUCGCCA